AAAUCACCAUAACCAAACCAAACACCAAAUCAUAUAUCUAUAUAUAUAUAACUAACCUCCAGAAUUCCCCCACCAUUGGCAGCAGCAACAACAACACAUGAUGGAAAACUACGAUCCUCUUUUCCCGGAUCAACCAGUGGUGGAUCUCUACCUUCCAGUGUGGGCUAGCCUUCCAUCCACCGCCUUGAAGCCAGUGUUCAUAUGGGCCGACGCCGGAGCAAAUGAGAGAGACACCCUCACCUACUCUCAGUUGAACUCAUGUGUCACAGGUAUUGCUUCUAAUCUCCUCCUUCCCUUGCAAAAGGGUGACACCCUUCUCAUCCUCUGCGCACCAGGCUUGCAGUUAGUGCAAGUGAUUUUCGGUUGCCAGAGGGCUGGCCUUGUGGGAGUGCCUGUAAUUCCACCCGACCCGAGCUUUAGUUCACCUCAGCAGCAGCAGCAUCUCAUUAGGGUCCUUAGACAGACGAAGCCGAAGGCGGCGGUUGCUGAUCGCGAGUAUAUUUCGCUUGUACGGGCGUAUUGUGAGUUUCCAGGAGCCUCUACAUCACAGGAAAGGAGGAUGUUGGCUACUUUACUUGCUCCAUUGAAAUGGAUUCCCAUUGAAACCAAUGCUGGUCCACCAUCUUCGACAUACACCGGUUGCCAACCAGAAGAUGUGUAUCUCAUACAGUACACCUCUGGGGCAACCGGCACCCCAAAGCCAGUUGUGGUCACUGCCGGAGCAGCGGCACACAAUGUUCGUGCUGCCAGAAAGGCCUACGAUCUUGACCUGUCAACCAUCUUUGUGUCAUGGCUGCCCCAAUACCAUGACUGUGGCCUCAUGUUCCUGCUACUUACUAUAGUCAGUGGUGCCACUUGUGUGCUCACUUCGCCCUCUGCAUUUGUCCAAAGGCCUCUUCUUUGGCUCGAGCUCAUUUCCAAGUACCAAGCCACAUGCACACCGGUGCCCGCCUUUGCGCUACCGCUCGUUGCUAGAAGAGGAGGGCCAUGUCUCCACAAGUUGGACCUUAGGAGCCUGAGGAACCUCGUACUCAUCAAUGAGCCCAUCUAUGAUAGCGAUGUCCAGGAUUUCUUGAAAGUGUUUGCAGAUGCAGGCUUACACCCAAGUGCUAUCGCACCAUCGUAUGGGUUGGCCGAGAAUUGCACAUUUGUGUCGACAGCUUGGGCUCCUGGAGGGGUACCUUCCUUUCCUGACAUCCCCGUUCAUGCACAGUUGUUGCCCAGCGCAAGGCUUGGUUCGUAUGACAUAGACGUGGAUGUGCACAUAGUGGUUGUCGAUGAGGAAACAUUCGAACAAGUGGAAGAUGGGAGGGAGGGAGAGAUAUGGGUUUCUUCAGAGAGCAACGCCAAUGGUUAUCUAGGCCAACCGUGGCUCAGCCACGAGGUGUUCAAUUGCAGGCUUAAGGGUGGUGUCGGUCGAAGGUUCAUUAGGACAGGCGAUAGAGGCAUAGUAUUGGGGCACCAGAGGUUUCUAUUUGUCACUGGGCGAUGUCGUGACAUGAUAAGAUCACAUGAUCGCACGGUGCACGCUCAUUACUUGGAGACCAGGGCUUAUAAGAGCCACCCUGAAUGCUUGAGAGGUGGGUGCAUUGCAGCAUUUCAAGUGCAAAAUGGGGAAGAUCAAGUGGUUGCCAUUAUUGCAGAGUUACAGAAGGGGAAGGAUAAAGGUGCAUUAUCACUUGUUAGAAUAUGCAAAGGGAUUCAAGGCUCUUUGUUCAAAGAAUAUGGUUUGGAAGUGGGUCUGGUGGGUCUGGUUAAGGGAGGAAGCCUUCCAAAAACUUCAUCAGGGAAGAUGCAAAGAUGGGCAGCCAAGGAGAAGUUAGCCAGGAGAGAGCUUGAAGUGGUGCAAUUGGUGUGGUUUGGUAAGUCAUGUGGUUCAUCAGGUCUGAUUCAGGCAAUUCUUGAGCCAUUUGAAAGCUCUUUGGCUCUACUUCAAAUUGAGAUAGGAUUGGAGUAG